UUUUCAUUUCACGUUCGCUUCGCCGUCGAGCGAGCACAUGUUUUUUCGCGGUGUCGGUUCGGUUCAGUUCGGAUCGUCGGAACGGAUAAUUGCGUUGAAAUCCCGUUGAAUCGACUUCUGGACAGGGUAAACAUAGUCACCAUUCACAAUGGGCAAGAAAGGAAAAGUAGGAAAGGAUCGGAAGGAUAAGUUCUACAAGUUAGCCAAGGAAACCGGAUACCGUUCCCGUGCUGCUUUCAAGCUUAUCCAGCUGAAUCGUCGUUUCGGAUUUCUACAGCAGUCGCAGGUUUGCAUCGAUCUUUGUGCAGCUCCGGGAGGAUGGAUGCAAGUGGCGAAGCAGAAUAUGCCCGUGUCCAGCGUCGUGAUCGGAAUCGAUUUGUUCCCGAUUAAGAACGUUCCCGGGUGCAUCAGUUUGGUAGGGGACAUUACCAGCGAUAAAACCAAAUCGGAUUUGGCCAAGGAGCUGAAGACAUGGAAGGCCGAUGUGGUGUUGAAUGACGGUGCUCCGAAUGUGGGAAGAAACUGGUUGUUUGAUGCCUACCAGCAGGUUUGUUUGACGCUGAGUGCGGUCAAAUUGGCGACACAGUUUCUGCGGCCAGGAGGAUGGUUCGUGACCAAGGUUUUCCGAUCGAAGGAUUACAAUGCCCUUAUUUGGGUGCUGAAGCAGCUGUUUAAGAAGGUUCACGCGACGAAGCCAUCGGCUUCGAGAAACGAGUCUGCGGAAAUCUUCGUCGUAUGUCAGCAUUACCGUGCUCCGGAUAAAAUCGAUCCCCGGUUCUUGGAUGCGAAGUAUGUGUUUGAAGAGCUGGACGUUGAGCCACAGGUUAAGGUGAACCUGCUCAAGGAAGUGGAGAAGGCCAAGAAGCCCAAGGUUGAAGGAUACGAUGGAACGGAUGUGCGGAAGAUUAUCACCGUUACGGAAUUUCUUAAAGAGGAAAAACCGCUGGGUUUGUUGGGUAGGGUAACGGAGAUUAGGUUUGACGAUAAGGCCAUUUCAAACCAUCCACGGACAACGUCUGAGAUUAAGGAAUGCUGCAAAGAUAUCAAGGUCUUGGGGCGGAAAGAUUUGCGAGAUUUGCUCAAAUGGCACAAGAUGAUGAGCAGUGAACUUUUCCCUCAGGAAGAAAAGGCAGAAGAGGAAACUAAAGGCAAGGGUAAAAGAGUCACCAAACUGAAUGAACAAAUCGAACAGGAGGAAGCGGAAGGAGAUGACGAGGAAACCGUCGAGUUGAAGUCCAUGGAAAAGGAAAUCGCCGAACUGAGGAAAGAGGAGGAACAGGAUGCCAAGCGGAAGCGAAAGAAGGCCAACAAAGAGCGAGCAAAGUUGAACGAAAAGCUAAGCCUAAAAAUGGUCAUCAAAGGCGACGAGGGUCCUACCGAGCAAGCAGAUGCAAUGAUGUUCAGUUUAAAUGCCGUGCGAAGCAAGAAACAGAUGGACGAUUUGCUGGACGCCGACCCGGAUGUCUUAAUGGAGCAAGACUUCCACGACGACGACGAUGAUGGUUUGCCUAAAAAGAAGCAGAAAUUCGUCAAAUACGAUAAGGAAACGAAAGGAGAUCUGUACGAGGACGAAAAGGUUCUAGCUCAGAAAUCCGACGACGAAGACAGCGAUGCAGAUUUGGACCGCGAAGGGCUUGGUUUAGAUGAUACGGAGGAGCUACAGUUCGAGAAUGACGACGAAGCCGAGGAAGAUGUUGACAGCGAUAAUCCAGAUGCGCAAAACCCUCUAAUAACAGACUUGGAUUACCGGGAUAAGGAAGAGAAGCGUCGCCAGAAGGCUCAACUGUGGUUCGAGAAGGAUACAUUCAAGAAUGUACUGGCAGGUGAAGACCAAGCUGUUGAUUACGAUCUGGAUCGCCUAACGGAAAUGUACAGGAAAUCCGGUGCCAAAAUCGUUGGAGACGACGAUAAAGAUCGGCCUUUGGGUAAGAAGGCCCGUCAAAGGGCAAAGCACGACGUUGCCAAGGAAGAUUCAUCUUCAGACGAUUCGGAUUCCGAAGCUGAGGUCGAGGAUCAAAGCUAUGAGCAUAAAACCGUCGAAAAAAUCGGUGGCAAAGACGGCUUUGAAGUCGUUUCAACUGAGAAGCGAGAGAAGAAGGUCAAACUGAACGAACAGGAACUAGCCCUGGGACAGUUGCUCGUCAGCGGAAAGAAAACCAAGCGAGACCUAAUAGACGCCGCGUGGAAUCGGUACAUGUUCAACGAUAGUAACCUGCCCGAGUGGUUCGUCAAGGACGAAGAGAAAACCAUGAAGAAGCAGGCCCCGGUUCCGCACGAAGUCGCCGAAACGUACAAGAAGAACCUGGAGGAAAUGAACGUCCGGUCGAUCAAGAAGGUGAUGGAGGCUAAGGCCCGCAAGAAGAAGCACGCUACCAAGCGGCUGGAGAAGAUCAAGAAGAAGGCCGAAACGAUCAUGGAGAACGUGGAUAACACGAACCAGGAGAAGAUCCGACUGCUGAAGAAACUGUACAAAAAGACGGACGCCAAGAAGAAGGACAUCACGUACGUGGUGGCCAAGAAGUCGGGCACCAGCGGGAAGAAGGUUCGCAGGCCGAAGGGUGUGGAAGGUCGAUUCAAGGUGGUCGAUCCGCGUAUGAAGAAGGAUAGGCGGGCGAUGGACGCCAAGGAGCGACGGUCAGCCAAGAAGGGAGGUAAGAAAGGUGGUAAAGCCAAGCCAGGAAAAGGGGGUAAAGGCAAGAAGAAGUAAACUAACAUCUACUACGGAGCAACGGUGAGUUUUAUCGUUAUGUUUAUGUAUGCCCUUGUGUGUCCUGCGCAGAGGAAUGAUAGGAUUUAAGCAAAAGUUUAGAAUAUAUUUCUGAUGAAAACAGAA